UGUUGGCUGUCUACCCAAUUCAAUCCAACCAAACUGCAGUCUGAGAUCUGGUCGAGCGGUGCUGGAUUUAAUUUUGUGGCGAUACCCACCCUUCCCACUCCCAAGAGAUCGAAAACUAGAGACAAAAUCUAUGGUAACAAAACACACCAUCCUCCCUCUGAUAGAAGGUUGCCGAAGCAUGAGGCAGCUCAAGCAGCUGCAGGGCCUGAUGAUCAUCACGGCACUCAUCGGCGACGUCGUUCCCCUGAGCCGCCUUAUGGACUUCUGCGCCGAUGCCGAGACUGGAGACAUGAGCUACGCCCGCUCCAUCUUCCUCCAAAUCGAUCGCCCCACCACCUACAUCUGGAACUCCAUGAUCAGAGGCCUCUCCGGCAGCGACCAACCGGAGGCCGCUCUCUCCAUGUACAGAGACAUGCUGUACUCCGGCUUGUCGCCGGACAACUUCACGUAUCCCUUUGCACUCAAAGCAUGUGCGAGAAUCUCCGACCACCGCUCCGGCCGGUGCAUCCACGGCCGCGCGACCAAAACCGGUUACGAGGCCGACGUGUACGUCUUCAGUAGUCUGAUACAUAUGCAUGCUUCCUCCGGCGAUAUGGACUUGGCGAGGCGUUUGUUCGAGAAGGCGACGAAUCGAAAUGUGGUCAGCUGGACGACGAUGAUUGCAGGCUAUGUCGACAACGCUCAGCCUACUGAAGCGAUCAGAAUGUUCAGGGUGAUGGAGCUUGAAGGAGUGGUGCCGAAUGAGAUCACCAUGGUUCAUGUUCUUGUUGCUUGUGCUCAGAGCCGGGAUCUGGAGACGGGAAGAUGGGUCCAUCGUCGACUGCAUCAGCUGGGGAUCGACCCGACGAGGUCGAACGUCGUUCUUGCCUCCGCACUGUUAGAUAUGUAUGCUCGUUGCGGCAGCUUGAAGACCGCAAGAGAGAUGUUCGAAAAAAUGCCUCAGAGAAAUGAAGUGUCCUGGAACACAAUGAUCGGUGCUUAUAACCAGUACGGCCGGUCGAAUGAAGUCUUCCAACUCUUUAAAGAGAUGUGUACUGCAGGCAUGAGACCGGACAAGGUGACUCUGCUGGGCUUGUUGGGUGCUUGUGCUGAGAAUGGAGCUAUGGUUUUGGGUCAGGGGAUCCAUGCUUACGUGGAGAAGACGGGGGGUGGCAAAGAUGUUGCUAUUUCUACUUCCCUUAUGGAUAUGUAUGCAAAGACCGGGGACGCACAAAGGGCAUUCCAGAUUUUUGGUAGCUUAGAAGAGAGGGAUGUCUUGGCAUGGACUAGUAUGAUCAUAUGCUUGGCGAUGCACGGCCAUGGCAUGGAAGCUGUGGAUGUAUUCAGAGAGAUGCAACAGGAAGGAGUUGCUCCUGAUCAUAUUACGUUUAUAGGAGUACUGACUGCUUGCAGCCAUGCAGGAAUGGUCGAUGAGGGUUACAAAUACUUUGAAUCUAUGAGAAGUGAUUAUGGCAUCAGACCGAUGAUGGAGCACUAUGGAUGUGUAGUCGAUCUAUUGAGUCGGGCCGGGCGCUUGGAGGAGGCUGAGAGGUUGGUGAAGUUGAUGCCAUAUCAACCAAGUGUAAUGAUCUGGGGGAGUAUUUUGAGUGGUUGUGAGAUCCACGGGAACGUCGAUUUGGCAGAACGAAUAGGAAAUCAGAUAAUGGAGUUUGAUCCUCAGGGAAGCGGAAUCUAUGCGCUCAUUUCCAAUAUAUAUGCAGGGGCGGGAAGGUGGGAAGGUGUUGAGAAGGCUAGAAGAUUGAUGUGGCAGAAGAGACUCAGAAAAACUCAUGGGUCUAGUUCUGUUGAAGUGAACAUUUCAUGUUUAGAAAUCAACCACAAGUGAUCAAGGAAACAGAGAAAGGUAGACUAGUGAGUUUUUCUCAUCAAGAAGACAAGAACCUAAACUAUCUUCAGCUGCGGGAUAUCGCAUGUUAUCAUGUAAAUUCAGAGAAGAGAAGCUUCCUUCUCUUUCUUGUUCUUGGGGUAAGGGGGUCGAGAAAUGGUCAAUCACGAGGAAACAUAGAGCCAGUGGCAUCAAGAGCUGCCAGGUACAGCAAGAAAGAAAGGAAAUCGCUGAACCCGGUGCAAGUAUCUGCGGACGUUGCCAUGCACAUAGCUAGGAAGUCAAAUCGGCAGCUUGGUCUCCUUCUCGAAAAAUUCCAGAGAGAUGGAAGUUUGAAAUAAUUUAGCAGCUUGUUUAACGCACCGGUGCAAAGGAUGGUUGGAGGAGGAUUCAUGAGAUUCGAGACAUGAUAGAGGAUGAACCUCCUCGAGCGACGCAAAUGGCAUGAAAAUGUGAUCGGAGCACCAUUGAGACGCUCCCAAGCAGCUGCCACUUCAGCAACGAGGACAGAAUCAGUGCGCAAAUGAAUAGCUCCCGCCAGAAGAACAUAGCCCUACUGUUCCCUGGACGCAUGAGCCACAUAAUUUAAGCGAACUAGGAUGGAAGGCGUAAUUUACUUCAUCUCAUUAGAUAUCUAAUUGAUUUUAAUAAAAUGGGUUCUAUCCUGGAUCCAAAGUCAAAUACAGCAAAAAAAAGAAAGAAAGAAAAUUUUUGAGAAUAAAAAUAAUGACCGUCUUUGCUGC